AUGGACAUCUUCAUAGACGAAGAAAUAAAUGGCAGUGAUGAAAACGAGGCUGUAUUGCUAGAGAUUGAUGACUUGCUGAGUUUUAAGGAUCCUCCCCCGCAGAGGAAGGGGGAACAUAGUAGAGCUGCAAAAAGGGAGCGAACAAACUACAAACAAGAGAGCGCUCAUGGUACCGUGCAAGGUGGCACACAAGGUAGAACACAAAGUCAAAAACAUAAUGGCCAUCCGAACCAAGCGGGGAGGUAUCCUCCGUGGGAGUACGGGAAGAUGAAAUUUUCGCAUCGCGAGAGAGAGGACAUUACUGAGGACGAGAAUGAAUGGUUAAUAAAAAAGAGAGAUCUUAGUGGACACCACCAUGAAGAUGACCUGGAAGACCAUCUGACACACCAUGUGGAGGAAGCUGAUGCGUUGGCUGCAAAAGGCAGGGACCAAAACCCCCACUCCGUAAAAUCCAGGAGAAAAUAUUACCCAUCCUACAGCUAUCCUGUCUUUGCCAACAUCUAUGAAAGAGCAAAACGGUGCUAUGGACAGAUGGUGGACGGUUUGACAGACAAGUUCACUGGAAAUAAAGAACGCGACGAUGAUGAUGGUGAAGGUUUCUUUUACUACAAGAAUCACACAUCGUUCGACUUUUUCCACAUCCUUGCAAACCGUCUGUACUACUCCAAGGGCACCAUGUACUUGUACUUCCUUGUCAUUAUCCUUAACCUUUUCAUUCUUGUCUACACCGCGUACACAAAGAUGGUUAGUUUGUUUGUGGUCCUCUCUGAGAUGUUCGUUAUACUGAUGCUCGUCUUGGAGGUUUGUCUUCGCUUGGCCACGCAGGGUCGCAGCUACUUCCACAAUUUCGAGGGGCUCUUCGACGUGACAGUGACGAUCAUGUGCUUCCUGUUGCUAAUCAGCAGCGGGGACCUCAAGGUGUUUUACCAGCCGGAGAUGAUCAAAACGAAGAACAAAGAAGUGGAGGAAAUAAUUUCUCAGAGCCUCACCGUUUUGCGCUUCUCUUUUCAGCUCUUCAGGACGCUCACCCUGUUUAUGCACUACGAGCGGGUUAAGACGCCAAGCGAGAACAUUGACUUUUCAGUUUUAAACCUGCCCCACGAGGAGGAAGAGGAAGAUGAUUAUGUCAUCUGA